AUGGCAUCCAUUAACAUGUCAUAUUUGAACCCCAGAACUGUAAUCUUGAUUGGAAUUCCUGGACUACAACAUAUGCAGUUUUGGAUUGGGUUUCCUUUUUUUGCUGUGUGCCUGGUGGCUCUUUUGGGAAACAUCAUUUUACUGAUCAUCAUCCCUAUGGAACGCAGCCUACACCAGCCCAUGUACAUCUUCCUGGCAGUGUUGGCAGCCACUGACAUGGGACUCUGUGCAGCCAUUGCUCCCAAGAUGUUGGCUAUCUUCUGGUUCAGGUCUUACUCCAUGGCCUUUGACACCUGCUUAGCCCAGCUGUUCUUCAUUCACGCCUUGCAGUGCAUGGAGUCUGGCAUUCUGUUGGCCAUGGCGUUUGACCGCUAUAUUGCUAUCUGUGAUCCUCUGAGGCACACAUCCAUCCUCACACCUUCAAUUCUGGGUCGCAUGAUGGUGAUAGUGGCAAUUCGAGCUACAGUGUUGGUGGGUCUCUUACCUAUGCUAAUCAAAAGAUUGCACCUUUUCCAUUCCACUAUAAUUGCUCACUCUUACUGUGAGCACAUGGCUGUAGUCAAGCUGGCUGCAGAAGACAUCCAUGUCAAUAAAACAUGUGGUCUUUUUGUAGGUUUUACAAUUCUGGGAUUUGAUAUGAUUUUCAUCCUCAUUUCCUAUAUCCUUAUUUUCCAGGCUGUUUUACGUCUACAUCAAAAGGAGGCACGGCUCAAAGCAUUCAACACUUGCACAGCUCACAUUUUUGUUUUCCUUGAGUUUUAUAUUCUUGCCUUCUCCUUCUUCAGCCAUCGUUUUGGACGUGUUGUCCCUUCUACUCAUAUUCUUCUGUCUACCAUCUACCUUCUUGUACCACCUGCACUGAACCCUAUUGUCUAUGGGGUAAAAAAUAAGGUAAUUUGUAAGCGUGUGGCACAGAUUUUUCUUCUGAAUCAUGUAUCCCAGCAGUGA